AUGCCGCAGGACAAACGUCUCAUUGUGACAAAGGCCGUGAUCCACAAAAUACAGCGACUGUGUGGGGCUGAUGCAGACGCUGCAGCGGCAGAGGGCGUCUUCAUUGAGUUUGUCGUGCCCGCUGUUGUGGUUGCGCAGUGCCCGGAGCUGCUCACCGAGCACGUUUUCCAGCUACCGAAGCGCACCUACGCCAUGAACGGCCGCACAACAUGUCUCAUCGUCCCACGUAUUAUUUCUGGUGAUGCGUUUAAGAUUAAUAAGCGGCAUGGGUACUACGACGCUGUGGUGACAGCGGAGGCCAUCUGCAAGAGAGACGACACGGAGGCUGCGCGUCGGGCCGUACUAGUUUCCAAGACGUUUUCCCACUUUGUCGUGGAUGACCGGAUUGUGUCAAAGCUGCCGCCAUGUAUUACCGCCGCGGCCUCGCUGCCAGCACCAGUGACACCGCAGGCACGCGAUGAUGCCUCAUCCUCGGCAGCACGACCAGGCGCCCAAGGCGGAAAAAAGGAUGCCGCUGGUAAAUGCAGAAGCGGGAAAGUUGCGGAGUCACCUCCGGCGACGCAGGCUGUACAGCUGCCGAAGGCAUCGGGUAAAUGCAUCACCGCCCUGCGUAACCUCGAGGAUCGCACGAGUCUCACAUUUCGGCUUUCGCAGGGCGUCUUGGGUGGUGUAGUGCGUGCGAAAAACCCAGGGCAGUUGACAUUCCGUGUGGGUCACGCUGGUAUGACGGCGGGUGAUUUGUGUGAAAAUGCAAAGAGCUUUAUUUUUGCCUUGAAGCGGGAAUUCCCAACGGUGUGGAAGUACAUUCACGAGUUUAAGAUGACGUCGCGUGUAACAGAGCCAAUCCGCUUUAUGGAAGUUCAUAUUCGGAAGUAA